AUGGCUUUAAUUCCUAUUGGUAGAAGAGAAGUUAGAGUUCAAGGUGAUGGCCACUGCUCCUACAGAGCUGUAGCACGAGCUUUAAACGGUAAAACGGAUCGAAAUUAUUCGAAAGUGAGAUCGCUUUGCAACGCCGUGAUAGAAGACUUCCCCCAAGUUUUUAUUCCUUUGCUUUUUACUCAUACAACAGUAGAGGAACAUCUUAAACAUAGUCGUAAGGAUGGUACAUGGGCCGAAACGGCCUAUCAAUCUUAUCAAGGGCCUCAUUAUUUGUGA